CUAGCUGAUAUACUGUAGCUGCUCCACACACACUGCUAGACACAGACAGAGAGAGCAGGAGAGAGGUAGAGGUAGAGACAGAGGAAGAGACAGCUGUGGAGUGAGAUACACAGAACUGCAAGGAGAGAGCAAUAGAGAGAUAGAGUUUGACAGAGAGUUAGAGAGACGGAAAAGAGGCACACACAGCACUCCCCCUCCACUCACCCCUCGUCUUACCCUCGACCCUUGUCUCCCUUCUUACGACCACUGAGGCAGAGACACACAGCUCUACCAGCGCAGGGGGGAGAGGACUGGACACACACUAACACACACUCAUUUUCUCUCUGCUGAAAGAAGACAGGAAUACACACUUUCUUUUUGUUUUCUGUCUCCGCUUCUACUCUCGUUCUUGGACAGGAAAAAAGGAUACCAGUUUGUUUCUUCAGCACAAAGACUUUUCCUUUAUCCUCCAGAAGUCCUGAGUCACGUUGGGCCUCCUUUCUUUCUCCCUCUGAGAGCUCAGAGCAACAUGGCACAGGGACAAAAGAACCACAGCCACAGCAGGCAGCAACGGAGGGGACCACUACUCACUAACCCCUUCUCCACCGUGGCACUAUCCCUCUCACUGUCCCUCCUCCUCCUCCUCCUCACCUCCCCCGCCUCGGCCGCUGAUGAAUACGACUACUACAGCUGGCAGUCGGACAACUUCCACAACGGUCGCUUCUACACCAAGGAGCCGCAGUGUGUGGACAUCCCUGCCGAUUUACGCCUCUGCCACAACGUGGGCUACAAGAAGAUGCGCCUGCCCAACCUGCUGGACCACGAGACCAUGCCCGAGGUCAAACAGCAGGCAGGAAGCUGGGUGCCGCUCCUCGCCAAGCGAUGCCAUGCGGAUACACAGGUGUUCCUGUGUUCCCUGUUUGCCCCUGUGUGUCUGGACAGGCCCAUCUACCCGUGUCGUUCGCUGUGUGAGGCCGUGAGGGACAGCUGUGCCCCCGUUAUGGAGACAUACGGGUUUCCCUGGCCAGAGAUGUUGACCUGCGAUAAGUUUCCUAUUGAUAAUGAUCUGUGUAUCCCCAUACAGUUUGCUGGGAACCAGGCCACCCCAGCGCCAGCAUCUAAAGUCUGUCCUCCAUGUGAUAACCAACUGAAAGCUGACAACAUCAUGGAGCAUUACUGUGCCAGUGACUUUGCUAUCAAGAUGAAGAUCAAAGAAGUGAAGAAAGAGAAUGGCGACCGUAAACUCAUCGCCGCUCAGAAGAAGAAGAAGGUGCUCAAGAUGGGUGUCCUGCGUAAAAAGGACUUGAAGAAGCUGACGCUGUACAUAAAGAAUGGAGCCAACUGCCCCUGUGCUCAGCUGGACAACCUUGGCAGUAACUUCCUCAUCAUGGGCCGGAAAGUGGACCAGCAGCUGCUGCUUAUGUCCAUCCACAAAUGGGAGAAGAAGAGUACAGAGUUGAAGUUCGCCAUCAAGUACAUGAAGAGUCAGCAGUGUCCCACCUAUCAUACAGUCUUCCAGUGACCUUACUGAUACAACUAUCACAACCCCAGUCUUCCCCAAAUGUCUCUCCCUCUCCCCUCUAUCCCUCCAGUCAGUUGUCUCCCCCUCUCCCCUCUAUCCUUCCAGUCAGUUGUCUCCCCCCUCCCCUCUAUCCUUCCAGUCAGUUGUCUCUCCCUCUCCCCUCUAUCCUUCCAGUCAGUUGUCUCCCCCAUCCCCUCUAUCCUUCCAGUCAGUUGUCUCCCCUCUCCCCUCUAUCCCUCCAAUCAGUUGUCUCCCCCUCCCUCUAUCCUUCCAGUCAGUUGUCUCUCCUCUCCCCUCUAUCCCUCCAGUCAGUUGUCUCCCCCUCCCCUCUAUCCUUCCAGUCAGUUGUCUCUCCUCUCCCCUCUAUCCCUCCAGUCAGUUGUCUCUCCUCUCCCCUCUAUCCCUCCAGUCAGUUGUCUCCCCCUCUCCCCACUAUCCCUCCAGUCAGUUGUGUCCCCCUCUCCCUCUAUCCCUCCAGUCAGUUGUCUCCCUCUCCCCUCUAUCCUCCAGUCAGUUGUCUCCCUCUCCCUCUAUCUUCCAGUCAGUUGUCUCCCCCUCUCCCCUCUAUCCCUCCAGUCCAGUUGUCUCCCCUCUCCCCUCUAUCUCUCCAGUCAGUUGUCUCCCCUUCUCCCUCUAUCCCUCCAGUCCAGUUGU